AUGCUCUCCUACAACCUCGCCAAGCUUGUCAUCGUGUGCGCUGCCCUGGCACCGUUCGCAUCAGCUUUCGAUGUCGCGUACUCUGUCUAUCCCGACGCCACGCUCGGUUUUCCUGCCUGUGGGGCCACUCCCAACGAAUCGGGUACAUUCGCCUCUGGGACCACAGGUGCACCAGGCUGUCAGAACAUCCCUACGUCCUACUAUGGCCAGUUCAAGCUGGCCGCCAACGCGCCCGUGGGUUGCGUACUGAACUUCUUUACUGGCACCAACUGCGGCGGCACCCAGAAUGCCGGCUUGAUCAUCCCAAUUCCGCUCGAGCCUGGAGUGCAGACCGGGUGCGCGACUAUCUACGCUACGCAGCUCUCCAUCACCGACCCCAAGGUUCCCGGGAUGUCCCUUCAAGUUGUCUGCCCGGCUUGA